AUGCGGCCGACGCGGGGCUCUAGCCGGCUAAUCGUCUCCCUACUAACACUGCUCGCGAUCGUUGUCGUUUGUGGCCAGAAUGCCGCUGCUGACGUGGAUGAGUUUGAUUGGUCGAGAAAGAGUCAGUCUCUGCCGUGCGAUCUGGCAGAUGCGCUCCAGUGGCAGCCGCAUUUGCCGGCCGCGGCUCUGAGGCGCGCGGUGUCUUAUAAAGGGGAUAUGCUGCGACUGGACAUGUUCCUGUACAAGCUGGUGGUGCAGCGGCUGCCAGUGACGGUGGCAGUGGUUGGCGGGCCAGUGACCUUCCUCUCUGCGGGGCACAGGGGGCCACAGCCAGUGCUGUUCAACCAGGGGCUGUACGAGACCACGGGGGAGAGGAGCCACUCCUCAGCAGCAGGCUGGCUCGCCUCUCCACUCCUCAGCAGCAGGCUGGCUCGCCUCUGUUUUCAACACACUUGUCCGUGCCUUCCCUCCCCGCCACUCACUCCCCAGCAGCAGGUUGGCUCGCCGCUGCUCUUGACACUCUCGUCCACGCCAACCCUCCCCACCACCCACUCUCCACCACAGGGCUGGCUUUCCCUCGCUCUGGACAAUCUCAUACGCGCCUUCCCCCCACGCCACCUCAAGCAGUGGCGCGCGCCCGGCCAAUCAAAGAGUGCUGUGGUGGCGGAGCCCUAUUGGCUCAUCAACCUGGGCCUGCCUCGUGGCAGCCUCGCCACGUGGGCGUCCUGUGAUGGAGCCACCUUUCUGCAGUCCCUGCCUGAUGACGUGGACCUGGUCAUCGCUGAGCUGGCGUUAUCUGACCAGGGCGAGGCCAAGGGGCAGGGCGCGGGCUCCUUCCUGCAGAUGUACGACUCUGUGCUGCAGCAGUUGCUGCUGCGCUGGGGGGGUGGGGCGCCUCAAAACCCUCCUCAGACGCGGCAGUGGCAGAAAGGGAGAGAAGGAGGGCUGGAGGGAGUGAAGGCGGCAGCGGGGGCAGCGGUGGUUAUGGUGAAUUUCUUCUCCUUCUGCCGUGGCAACCGGGCAUGCAGACAGCAAGAGGACCCCUCUCUCUCCUUCGCUGACGUGGGUCCGUUCUCCUUCGGCCUGCCUCCCCACCACCCCGCCUACCCCCACCGGGCGCCAGAGGUGGUGUCAGAGGACAAUAUAACGGUGCUCGCUCAGUACUAUAGCCUCCCUGUGCUCUCCACAAGGGACGCCUUCUUUACCCUCCUGGGUCACCAGGUCAGUACUCAGUGGUCCCUCCUCUACUCGACGUGUUUUUUGAGAAUUCUCCAAAAACAUCUUCACCCUCCUGGGUCACCGGGCACCGGGUUAUCGGUUGAAAGACGUGGUCACCACAGGCCCCUCCAGCCUUCCACUGCACGCUACCGGUUGAAAGACGUGGUCACCACAGGCCCCUCCAGCCUUCCACUGCACGUGGAGCCUGACACCCUUGCCUCCGCCAUUCCUCCUGCUGCUGCUGUAGCUGACGGUGCUGGCGAUUUCGAUGGCACUCUCCCCGUUGACUCCAUUGACUCCAUUGACCCGCAUGCCUUGUCUGGAGUCUUACCCACGGCACUGCAAGCGAAGACCAAGUACGCGGACGUCAUCACUGCUCUCUUCCACUCCGCACUCAAAGGCAAGUCGGCCUGCUCUCAGCAUCUUUCAAUCAUGGCUUUUGAGUCGGACUUAAAAGUCAACGCGCGUCCUGAAAGGUUGAAGAAAGCCACUUUGUUGUCUUUGUCAUGGGGAUGUAGCUCAGAUGGCCUGAUUGACCGGCUGACAAAAAUCCACCCUGCUGCGCCCUCCUGCCCUCCCUGCUGCGCCCUCCUGCCCUCCCUGCUGCGCCCUCCUGCCCUCCCUGCUGCGCCCUCCUGCCCUCCCUGCUGCGCCCUCCUGCCCUCCCUGCUGCGCCCCCCGCCACCCUUCGUCUCCUGCUGGAUCCACUCCACUGCCGCCUCCGGCUUCCACCCCCUCUCCCAUUGA